ACCCCGGGUGAGAGGAGUGAGGAGCCGAGAGGAGACGACCUGCGCCGCCCUCAGCUCCUCCACCAUCCUCCGUCAUCACCGAGCCCACACAGCGGAGAGGAGAGCCGGGGAGGAGGUGCAGGAGGAGGGAAGUCACAACAAUGAGGAGGUGCUCCAGAGAGGGACAGGGGAGGGUGAAGUGAGCGAUGCCUCGGAGGAGAAGCGGUGAAUCCGGACGGAGAGCAGCGGUACUUCCCUUGACAGCUAGCCGAGAGGUCCGGAGCUAGCUAGCCCCGUGAGCCCGUCCCGUCCCCCCGGGGGAACUCCACCAGCCGGGGAACCCCGAGCCCCAGUCCCGCAGCGAGGCAGGAGACAACACGGAGUGAAUGUGUGUUUCAAGCAGCACAUGGCCUGUAUUCUGCUGACAGACAUGGACCCGCCUACCUCUGGUCCCACAGCGCAGCACAAUGGCCUCCAGCCUGACCCAGACCCGGCCAUGGAACCAAACCCCAAACAGGACGAGGAUGCCACCUGUCUUACUGUCCACCUUUACUACCUGGGGAAGGCCGGAGGAGGGAAUGGGGCCACAGUCUCAGAAAGUGUGCUCACAUUUCCACCAGGGGAUUAUGUCGUGGAGGAACUGUGCAUCGCUGCGGCAAAAGCUUGUGGGAUUGCUCCAGUGUUCUUCAACCUGUUUGGCCUGAUGAGGGAAAGUGACAAGAUAUGGUUCCCUCCAAAUCACAUCUUUAAAGUCAACCAGUCAGCAAGUGAAGACCUGCACUUCAGAAUAAGAUACUAUUUUCCUGGCUGGUAUAACAACAGCAGUUCAUUUUAUGCCCAUCGUUACGGUGUGUCCAAGGGGAUGGAGAGCCCUGUUAUGGAUGAAUGUGUGAUAGCAUACCUGUUUUUUCAGUGGCGUAGUGACUUUCUUAAUGGCUGGGUUCAAAUCCUGGUAAGCCACGAGUCCCAGGAGGAGUGUCUGGGCAUGGCGGUCCUGGACAUGAUGAGGCUCGCUAAAGAGAACGGUCAGUCCCCUGUGGACAUCUACAACGAUACCAGCUACAAAUUCUUCCUGCCGAAGUGCAUGCGGAGCCGCCUCCAGGAGUACAACAUCUUGACGCGGAAAAGGAUCCGCUAUCGCUUCAAGAAGUUCAUCCAGCAGUUCAGUGAAUGCAAGGCCACGGUGUGUAACCUCAAGCUCAAAUACCUGAUGAACCUGGAGACGCUGCUGCCCUCCCUCUUCUCCGAGCGCUUUCAAGUCACCGGCCUAGCCACGCGCGAGCUGACCAUCGUUGUCAUGGGCAACAAGGGCAUCCAGUUGUCGAAAGGGAAAGAGGAAGAGGGAGCAAAGGAGGAGUUACAAACAUUCUGUGACUUCUCAGAAGUGAUUGACAUCAGCGUGAAACAGUCUAAUAAGGAAGGAUCUGCGGAGAGUCGCAUCGUUACCCUGACAAAACAGGACAGCAAGAUCCUGGAACUGGAGUUUCAUUCUCUAUCGGAGGCCCUGUCGUUUGUAUCAUUGGUUGAUGGAUAUUACAGACUGGUGGCCGAUGCCCAUCAUUACCUUUGUAAAGAGGUGGCUCCCCCAAGACUCCUGGAGUGCAUUCAGAGUUACUACCACGGUCCUGUGUCGAUGGACUUUACGAUUGGUAAACUGCGUCGCUCUGGCAACCAUCAAGGCCUGUACAUCCUUCGCUGCAGCCCGAGAGACUACGACAAAUACUUCAUGUCCUUUGUUGUGGGGUAUGAAGCCAUGGUGGACUAUAAGCACUGUCAGAUCAUGAGGAUGGAGUCAGGAGAGUACAUUCUGAGUGGAGCCAAGAGGAGCUUUGGCUCACUGAGCGAGCUUCUGCACUGCUAUCAGAAGGAGGCGCUGCGCACAGACGGAUACACAUUUCAGCUGACCAGGUGCUGCCCCCCCAGCCACAAAGAAAAAUCCAACCUGCUGGUGUGUAGAAAUAACCAGGGGGCAGAGGUUCCUCUGACGCCCUCCCUCCACAAACAUGUCAGCCAGAUGGUCUUCCACAAGAUUCGAAAAGAGGACCUCACCAUCAAUGAAAGUCUGGGCCAAGGAACCUUCACCAAGAUCUUCUGCGGGUUGAGGAAGGAGCUGAGAGAUUACGGAGAGAUUCAUGAGAUGGACGUCGUUAUCAAGAUCCUGGACAAGGCUCAUCGCAACUAUUCAGAGUCGUUCUUUGAAGCAGCCAGCAUGAUGAGCCAGCUCUCCCACAAGCACCUAAUACUCAACUACGGCGUGUGUGUGUACGGCGAUGAGAAUAUGAUGGUGCAGGAGUGUGGCAAAUUUGGUUCGCUGGACAUUUACCUGAAAAAGAAUAAAAGCUGUGUCAACAUCACAUGGAAACUGGAAGUGGCCAAGCAGCUGGCCUGGGCUAUGCACUACCUGGAGGACAAGAACCUCAUUCACGGAAACGUCUGUGCCAAGAACGUCCUUCUGAUCAGAGAGGAGGAUCGCAAGACUGGCAACCUGCCGUUCAUAAAGCUCAGUGAUCCUGGCAUCAGCAUCAGUGUCCUGCCCAAAGAAGUGCUGGUAGAGCGUAUCCCAUGGGUCCCCCCCGAGUGCAUUGAGAAUCCCCAGAACCUGAGUUCAGCCACAGACAAGUGGGGCUUCGGGACGACGCUGUGGGAGAUCUGCAGUGGUGGAGACAAACCACUCAGCACUCUGGAUUGCUCCAAGAAGAACCUCUUCUACGAGGACCGGCACCAGCUCCCAGCUCCCAAAUGGACCGAGCUGGCCAACUUGAUAAACAGCUGCAUGGACUACGAGGCCUCACACCGGCCGUCGUUCAGAGCCAUCAUCAGGGAUCUCAACAGCCUCUUCACACCAGACUACGAGCUGCUGGUGGAAAGCGACAUGUUACCGAGCAAGACGAGAGGCGUCGGCUUCCCGUGGUCGUCCGAGAGCCACGAGCCGGCACAGUUCGAGGAGAGACACCUCAUCUUUCUCAAGCAGCUGGGCAAAGGGAACUUUGGCAGUGUGGAGAUGUGCAGGUACGACCCCCUGCAGGACAGCACCGGGGAGGUGGUGGCUGUGAAGAAGCUGCAGCACAGCACGGCCGAGCACAUCAGGGACUUUGAGCGGGAAAUCGAGAUCCUCAAAUCCCUCCAGCACGAAAACAUCGUCCAAUACAAAGGCGUCUGCUACAGCGCAGGACGAAGGAACCUGCGGCUGGUCAUGGAAUACCUCCCCUACGGCAGCUUGAGAGAUUAUCUCAUCAAACACAAGGACCACUUUGACUGCAAGAAGCUGCUGCACUACGCGUCACAGAUCUGCAAGGGUAUGAACUACCUCGCCAUAAAGCGUUACAUCCACAGAGACCUGGCCACGAGGAACGUGCUGGUGGAGAGCGAGAUGAGGGUGAAGAUCGGUGACUUUGGUCUGACCAAGGUGCUGCCGCAGGACAAGGAGUACUACACGGUCAGGGAGCCGGGAGAAAGCCCCAUCUUCUGGUAUGCUCCAGAGUCACUGACAGAAAGCAAAUUCUCUGUGGCGUCGGACGUUUGGAGUUUCGGAGUCGUCCUCUACGAACUCUUCACUUGCAAUGACAAGAACUGCAGCCCUCCAGCGGUGUUCAUGGACAAAAUGGGGAAUGAAAAGCAGGGCCAGAUGAUCGUCUACCAUCUGAUCGAUCUGCUGAAGCAAGGUUACAGGCUGCCGGCUCCUGACAACUGUCCCAAGGAGAUUCACAAGAUGAUGGCCGACUGCUGGAACAAGGACCCCGGGCUGCGGCCCACUUUCAAGACCUUAAUCAACAGUGUGGAGUCGGUGCGAGAGGCCAAGGAAGGAUGAGGAUGAAUGUCUCUGUCCACUGCAGCAGCUCAGUCCAGAGGCUGACUCACUUGUUUCCUUCCCAUUGUCCUCCACCUCCCACUCAGCCUCAUUAACAAGCACCUAAAUCAAGACGUUGCACUCGACACCAUCAACAAAUCAUUCAUGACACGUCUGAGAACAUUUCAGUGAGAUAAAUCAUUUCAUAAGUUAGUCAUUGACUGGAGAAAGGAAACUCCGACCUUUUAUUUGGGAUUUGGAUUAUUGGAAAAUGAGCAGCGACUUGUUUUAUUCGACCAAAGAGACGAUGGGAUUCCCAACAGACUGUUUGAUGUGCGAUGGCAACUGAAACCAGACUCUUGCUUGUUGCAUAAGUAUUUUAUAAGUAUUUUUCGGAGCUUUUAUUUGACAGAAACAAUGGCGAGCACAGACUGGCUCUGAGGAUUGAGGAUUCCACUAGAAACAAAAAUGCUCCCAAACCAUUCGGCUCUGAUGUCACUCUGUAAGACUGAUGAAGGAGAUCACACCUCUGUUGUACUUCUAUGAAGAUCCCUACAGGUGGAGCUGGAGUCACAUUUGUGCUGUGACCCUGGACUUGGCAGAAACUCAUGACCCACUGAGGAUGAUCCUGUGCUGCUGAGGCGGCGGUUCAGUUCAGUUUCAGUGGAACACAAAUUCUUUGUUUACAUCAAUACGUGGAGUUGAGAUGUUUCAAACAGCAAAACCUGCUCAUGAAGCUCUUUGAUCACAAAGUCCAGGACGAUGUCAGGGUCAAUAGCAGUUGUUUUUGAGGGAUUACCCCCAGGGAAAUGAUGACAUUGUUUUUGUUACUAAUUACUAUAUCAAUACAUAUUUUCUAGAUACAGUUUGAAGUUUUUAAUGUUACAAUGCUAUAAUAUCAGCCUGUAGCUACAUGAUGUGACAAGUGUGUCUAAUGUGAUGAAGGGAAGUGUUUGUUGUUGUAAAACAUGUCAAACAUGAGCUUGUUUGAUUCAAUUUUUUCCAAAGUUUAAAACUUUACAUGCCAAAUGUUAUAGGAUGAAGUGCGGGAUUCGUGAGAGGAAACUCAAAUUUGUGGAACGGCCUCGUUUGAUUUGAAUUUCCGAGGUUAUUUAAGUCCACAACAGACAAGACAUACAAUCACGCAGACACACAACAUAUCAGAGGACGGGUCCCCUCUGCAUGAAUGAGUCACUGUUGAGAACAAAGUGUGUCUGUGAGCUCCUGAACCUCCGGGACAUAUUUAUACUGAAGAUCUGAGUCAAGUCUGAUGUGAAUGAGACUUUCUGUUUGCGGUGCUUCUGUUGCUAUAUAUGUUUUUUGGCUGUGUUACAUCAAAUAUCAGUUUAUUGUGAAAUGUGAACAGCAGAAUGUUUAACUGAUAUUUUUUCUUUGCAUUCAUUUCCAUUUUAUUUGACUUUGAAAUAAAUGGAUUGUCAUCUGAUGCAGCUACCUUUUAAUACGUGUAUAUAUAUAUGUAAAUAUUGAGGUGGAUGUUGUAUAGUCCAAGAGUGUUUAUACUUUUACUAAGCAAAACCUAAUGCAGUGCU